GUAGCCCUUACCCUAAGCACUCUCAAGUCUUAAAGAACAGUCAGUUUUUUAGUGUCAAGCACACGUCCUAACCCUGCAGCACUUCACACAGGCGUCAUGGCGAAGAUGGUGGUGCAGCAACCUCAGGCUGUCGCGGCAAGGAACAUGACAAACUCCAGUCAGUGGAGCUCAGGAGUCUUUGACUGCUGUGACAAUGUAGCAGAGUGUUGUUUCUCAUUCUGGUGUUUCCCCUGUUUCACCUGCUCUACUGCAAAGAAGUUCGGCGAGUGUUUGUGUUUACCAAUGCUUGAUGGUUUUGGAUGUAUUCCCCCAAUAACCUUGGCUAUGAGGGCAUCCUUGCGCCAGCGCUAUGGAAUUGAGGGAUCCAUUUGCAAUGACUGCAUCUGUUCCUUCUUCUGCCUUUCCUGCGUUUGGUGCCAGAUGUCACGAGAAAUGAAAGCACGCAAUCAACCGGUCAUGUUACUUCAUUCUCGAGUAAAUUAAAGAUUCAACAUCAAGAUCAUUAAUAAAUAUCUUCUCUUAUAAAUAACACCAUUUGAAAAGUUAAUUUUAAUAAUACUGUCUAUACAAUCAUUUACAAUGUAAUAAUAACUCUAUACUGUAUAUGUUGAAUUGCAGUCUGUAUUUAUCAGUUCAUGUGUUUUUUACCUGACCCAAGCACAUAAGGGAGUUGUUUGCAUUUUAAUGUUCCAUGAAUUAAUCCCAGAUUGGACUCAUAUGCUUAUAGUUUUAAUGUCAAUUUGUUAAAAUUGGUAGAGAAAAUCCAGGUAAAUAUUUGUGCUGUUGAAAUCAAGAGAUGAGGGUUGAAAGUAGAUGAACAGAUAGCUAUUCUCUCUAGGUACUAACACGAACAACAGUGCAAAUUCACACACUCAGUCACACCUGGGUAGUGUUACUGUAUAUAGUAAUAUGAGUCACUUAUUGCCCAAAAAGUAUUGUAAAAUGUACAGUUAUUUCUUUACAGUAUGCUACUGUACUCACUUGGCAUGAUGACUUCUGUGUACAGUUUCUAACAAGACAGUGGCAAUCAUCAUUCAUGAUUCAUAGGUCCAAACACAAAGUUUUCCAUAUAUAAUUGAAUUCUGUCAUCACUAAGAGUCUUAUUUCAUGUAGCUUUAAGUUUUUAGCUUUAACUUUAAUUUUAUGCAAUAAUGUGUAGUAAUAAUACAAUUGCUCACAUCACUAGGCUGCCAUCUUUAAUCCUUGUCAUGUCUUAUGUAAUGUGUUUCCCCCCAAAAAAAUGAAUGCAAAAAAUGUAGAUUCAACUUUAUUGUAUAUUAGAUGUGUCUGUGACUUUGUUCGCAUGGAAUUUAAUUGCACACUUAUAAGCAUGUUUUAAAAAAAAUGGACAACACCAUCUGUUGAAUUUUGGAAUGAAAUUCAAUUUUUACAUGUUACUGUGAACAUUUUUACAUGUUACUGUGAAGUGCGAGGAAUAAAGAUGUAAGCUUGUAUUUA